UGUCCCAACUAGACAAAGAGGACGAGAGCGAGGAAAAGCUCAGGUGAUCUGAAGACAGAAAUGCCGAAGAAACAACCUUUUAUCAGAUUAAUGAGAAUAUAAAAAGAAGUCAGCAAAAGUAGAGCAGAAAUCUAAUUAGAGAAUGAUCUAGAGGACGUAUCAGAUCACGUUAGAGGUGCAGCAUCCUGGGAAGGGGUUCCUUUAGUGCCGCUCCUGCUGGAAAACUGAGCAGACGGAUUUUAAGGAAGGACCAUGACUCGUUUACAGCUUCUAAUUGGACUCCUGAGUUGUCUUCAUUUGGCAGGGUCCUUGAUGUGCUACACCUGUGUGUUUCCAGCCAUUUCUCCCAUGGACUGCUUGAAGUUUCCCCUGGAGUGUCCUGCAGGCCAGCGCUGCCUCUCCAGUGUGGCCACUGGAAGGCGAGGCGCUGUACAGCUGACGAUAUAUGAGAAGAGCUGUGCUGUACCCACGCAGUGUGGCCGGGCCGGACAGAAGUACACCUCUGGGGUUUACUUUAACUACUCCAACGACUGCUGCGACACGGACCUUUGCAACGGAGCCGGGUCUGUUGGUGCGCUCAGCUGGGGGGGAGCGGUGCUCUGCCUGCUGCCUGCAGUCGCCCUCCUGCUGGCCUGAGCAGCUGAGGUUAAGUCAGAACCAUCAGAGCCACGGACCCUCUCUGUCUUUAUGAAUCCAUUUCAGAAGAGAGCGGCUGAGGCUUGAAAGGAAGAGGGGGGUUUCUU